GGACAUUUGGGUGUGGCGAAAGGAAGAGUAUUGAAGGAGGAGAAGCGGAGGGAGUCUCGGGGUCCGCAGUCGAGGGUUCUGGAAAGAUGCCAAGACCCGUUACGAUCGGAGAAAAAAGAGAGAGCGAAACGGACAUCACCAGGAACCACCAGACUCCCGGUGCCGUUUUUUUCCUGUUUCUUCGCCUCCGUCUUGUUUUCCCCGCGCGCUUGCGUUUUCCCCCUACAUUUUGUCUUUCAUUUGAAGAAUUGGGUCUUCUUUCCUUUCUACUUGCUUAGAUCCCCGUUCUCGCGGUUCUUUUCGCCCCCGCGCUUUCUAGGAACUUCUCCGAUCAUCGCGGUCUCGUGCCCCUCGAUAACUUCUCCGCCCCCCAUGGCUUCGGCACAAGAAGAGGCCAACGCCCUCAAGGUGCAGGGUAAUAAGGCCUUUGCCCAGCAUGACUGGCCUACCGCAGUCGAUUUCUACAACCAGGCCAUCGAGAAGUACGACAAGGAACCUUCGUUCUUCUCAAACCGGGCUCAGGCUCAAAUCAAACUCGAGGCAUUUGGAUUCGCUAUCGCCGACGCUACUGCGGCUUUGGAAUUGGACCCGAACUACGUCAAGGCAUACUGGAGACGCGCCCUCGCCAAAACCGCCAUCCUCGAUUAUAAGGGAGCCCUCCGGGACUUCAAGGCCGUGGUCAAGCGUGAACCCAGCAACCAAAAUGCGAAGAUAAAAUUGGCCGAAUGCGAGAAGCUUGUUCGUCGUAAAGAAUUUGAAAAGGCCAUCGAGGUCUCAGACCCACCCUCGGCAUUCGAGGGCUUGGAUAUUGAUGCUAUUAAGGUGGAGGAUGACUAUGAUGGUGUGCGCAUUGAGAAUGAGAUGACGCAGGAGUUCAUUGAUGAUAUGAUUCAACGGUUUAAGGAUGGCAAGAAGAUUCACCGCAAGUAUGUCUUCCAGAUCGUCAAGGCUGUGAAGGAUAUCACCUACAAUGAGCCGACUAUGGUGGAGAUUGGUGUCGACGCAGGCAAGAAGUUGACAGUCUGUGGUGAUACUCAUGGCCAAUUCUUUGAUCUGUUGGAGAUCUUCCGCCGAAACGGCAGCCCAUCCGAUUCCCACGCCUACCUCUUCAACGGUGACUUUGUCGACCGAGGCUCGUGGUCUUGUGAGAUUGCCCUGCUUCUCUACGCCUACAAGUGGCUGCGACCAAACGGACUGUUCCUCAACCGUGGUAACCACGAGACGGAUGACAUGAAUAAGGUCUACGGUUUCGAGGGCGAGUGCAAGGCGAAGUAUUCCGAGCGUGUCUUCAAGGUGUUCUCCGAGUCCUUCUCAGCUCUGCCUCUGGCUACCCUGAUUGGCGAGAAGUAUCUCGUCCUGCACGGUGGCCUGUUCUCAGACGACAAGAUCACAUUGAACGAUAUCCGCAAACUGAACCGUCACAAUCAACGGCAGCCCGGCCAACAGGGCUUGAUGAUGGAGAUGCUCUGGACCGACCCCCAGACCCAGCCUGGCCGCGGACCCAGUAAGCGUGGCGUCGGCCUGCAGUUCGGCCCCGAUAUCACCAAGCGCUUCUGCGAGAACAACGGCCUCGACGCUAUCAUUCGGUCACACGAAGUCCGUAUGGAGGGCUACGAAGUUGAGCAUGAUGGCCGCUGUAUCACCGUCUUCUCGGCGCCCAAGUACUGCGAUUCUACGGAGAACAAGGGCGCUUAUAUCAACAUUGGCCCUGACCUCAAGCUCAAUUAUGAAGUCUUCGAGGCCGUGCCCCACCCUGAUAUUAAGCCUAUGGCCUAUGCGAAUAACUCGAUCUUGUCGAUGAUGUGAUGAACCCAGAACCCAGAUGAUUUGCAGAGCGGGCGUUGUCCUACAAAGAGCUUAGAACGAUAUAUUGUUGUACUAACGAGCAUCUGACUUCUACUUUUACUUGGCUUACGAACCCUGGUGGCUCAUUGUUGUCCGUUUACAGUCUGGUCUUUUGAAAUACAGUGGGCGGGCUAAACUAAGAUAUACAAUGAAUUGAUGGAUUUAUGAUAUUGUUG